AUGUUGACCUCUUCGGCUACUCCAUGUGAAAUCUAUAAAUUAGAUAAGGCUAGAAGUUUGUUGACCAGUACUAAGCUAGAAGUUCGCUGCAAUGGCAUGUGUAUUAUAAGGGCUGUGCAAGGGGCUCCUUUAACCCCUUGGAGGGUCUGUAGCGCGCGGAGGCAGAAUGGAAGUCUCGUCGUUGGACUCCUCUCUGCAGUGGUCUCAGUUGGCGAUGGUCGUGCGAGGUCAGUUUCUGGUCUCUCCUGGGCGUCUGGGUUAGACAGGCUCUGUUGUUCUCACGACUUGAAAGCUUUGGAUGUCCGAUUACUCAAAGACGUUUGUAGCUCGAGUUGUCAGUGUGUAUCAAAGCUCGCAGUGGUCUUGCGUGAAGUGCUGCUCCGGAGCAGUGUUGGGGGCGUCGCCUAUGGCAACUCCAAGGUGAUGAAGCGGCCUUCCUUUCCAUCUUCCUUCCUCUUCCCGUCUAGUCGAUGUCGACCAUUGGAGUGUGUCGACUUUCUCCUUGAUGGUUUCACUCCUGAUUGUGGUUGUUCAAGCUUUAUCCUUGCCACAGGUUUCAGCUUUAGGCAUCAAAGACUUAUCUCUUUCCGGUUCUCGGAGGAGGCGACCUUCGAGGAUCUCGAGCGUCUCUGUUUUGUCAGCAGGAUUGCCUCACUCCUCGGUGGCUUGGUCGGUGUUGGCUGCACUUCCCAGCAACAGGAGCAUGUUGUGUUCAUGGUGGUGUUUGCUUCUCUUCUUUUUUGCAGUUAUGAGUCCCGAAGAGAUCCCCGAGAGUUAGCUACACCGGCGACGACAUGGGAGUUCCCGGCAUCCGAGGUUGUUGCUUUACUUUGA